UGUCUUGUUCGCUUCCGUAGCCUGGGGACGAUAAACGAUAAGCACGGUCCAAAAACCAAGAGCAGCCUCACCUCCACGGAAUUGGCCAACAAAAGGACGAUUCCUGCGACACCCUUGAGGAGAGGGAUGUUGGCGGCCUCUCCUACAACGAUCGACGCUUCCAAUAUGGCCCCGACUGAACUCGCCACCCCAACCACAGCCUUGCUCAGUUUCGAUCGAUGUGCCUUCACGGUUGGUUCACAGUCAAAUGGCACGCCAUUGUGCAAAGACAGAGUGAGCGUCUUGUUCAAGGGACUCGGGGGAGGACUAUCGAACGGGUCCGGACUGGCGCAGCGCACUGGUAUCUCCUUGCCGGCCGCAUACUCAUCGGAACCCUCCAGGGAGCAGACCGUCGAGUCUGUAUCCGCUGUAUCGACCAACGUCGCGUCUGUGUCCUGGCGUCGAGGACGGAACAGCAGCGAGCCCCGGCGAAGGCUGGUCCGGAGACCCGGCUUCUCAUCUGAUGUCUGGGCCGGAGCCGAGGCGGGGCCGGGAGUCUGGGGCUUGCGUCGCUUUGGGCGAUGCUUUGAGAGCCAGGACAGCAUCGGAGGACCGAGAGAUGGCGAGGGGCAGAGCACGCAGGCAUCUGGGACUGCCUUGAUCUUCAAAUGGGAUCAUCGUCGGAGCAUUGCCUCGCCCGAUGAGGGACGAAGACACCCUGUGGUCUCGGCACGAAGCCACAUGGUGCCUGAGAAUUGUGGUGAUGAUAGGAAUCCUGUGCCGAUGACACAGGAAAGAAGCAAAGGCAGGAAAGACUGGAGAACGGCUUGCAGGGAGUGAUAUCGACGCCUACAGAGUGGCGGAACUAUUACGACUUGGAUGUUCGUGGGCACCGAUGUUCUCUAGAGUCCAGUCAAAUACGGUUCAACAGACCAAGUUAAUAUUGGAUGCUGAAAGCGCUCAAGGCCUGCCGCUGCCGACCUGUGAUGCAAGGCCCUCAUCUCUCACGUCUUUCACCCAAGAACAGCCUUCUAGACAGGUCAGAUAUCUGCACGUUGCUUGAUGGUAGAAUUUCGGUCGUCAUCAGGGGGUUUGAGCGUCAAGGCUCGUUCCACUUUCUUGACCUUUCGUUGG